ACUGAUUGAACGAGUGAGUCCUCCUCAACAGCGGAGGUGUCGGCACGUGUGAAAUCCUAGCUGGAGAGCGGGCGGAAGAGUUGGCAUGGUCUAUCCAAUAUGUGCAUGUAUCCGCCUCUAGAUGAUGAACCAAAUGACCAAAGCACACUACGACGCUAUGAAUGAAUCACUUGCCCAUCUUCUGCUUGGAAGACCCUGGCGACGACGGUGGGUUCGUGGGCUGGGUUGGUUCCAUCGCAACCUUAUCACGCGCGAUGUUGUGAUGCCGACAUUGAGUGUUUCCAUGUUGCUUUGCAUUCUUUUGAAGUGAUGGGGUGUGUGUGUUCUGCGGAAUGCCAUUUUGGUGGACGUGGCCACGGUUGAGUGUUCUGUGAAGCUUGCCCUCAAUGCAAUGGUGAUGUUCCGUGGAAGAGUGUAAAGCUUCCUCACGCACGUGCAUAUCCCACCACUUUCCAUUUGGCGCAGUCACGACGACAUGAACUCCCCCGACCUCAGCGACGACACCCUACUUGACGUUGACCUGUCGCUGUUGCUAUCGUCCGAAGAUGAAGCCAAGUUUCACCACGUUGUUUACUUCCUUCAGCUGCAUCCAACUUUGAUCAAUCAGCUCUCCCGACAACAAGUAAACGCAUUCCGAGCGGCGGGACUCUUGGAGAUCGAACUCAGCGCCAGCCACCGAUCGGCGUCGAUCACUCGAGAGAUGCUGACCACGGGCCCCAUGGCGCUGAUGUUUCCGCAUUACAAGACGUUUUUCGGCGUGAACCACGUGACGUUUCGAUGGCAGGCGACGACCAGCGGCGUGGACGUGACCAUGGCCAACACCAGUCGGCGCCCGGUGUUUGUGGGGUUGCGCGUCUUGGCGCCCCAAGGUAUCAUGGCCCUACACUUGCACGAUCUGGUCCGCCUCCUCGAAACUCCUUCCAAGGUGCUCUUGCUCGGAUACGUCGUCACAAAGCGUGCGAUCCCGCUGUCGGUGCAUCCUCCUGCCCACAAUCUGCUCGGUCUAUUGUAUUCUCAGCCUAUUUUGCAAUACACCCGCCUUGGCCUCACCCUAAAUAAUCGAGAUGUCCACAACAUGCGCACGGCCUUAGCCACGGGACUAGUCAAUUUCGUCCAGAUGUCGGAGCUCCUCGUGAACGAGGCGGGGCAGUCCGUGCCGUUCGUGUCGCAGUCUGUGGGUUGGGAGGUCGAGUGUGCGUCCUGGAAGGUGUUGGAGGACCUCGUGUCUGACGGGUGCCAGAUGCUCCAUCUGUCCUGCGCGACGACGUCCAAGGCCCUCAUCUUGGAAGACGGCCGCGGCGGCGCGUUCCCCGUCGGCGUCGACGCGUUAAAGCGACUGUUUCAAGGAUCGGCGGUCCAGCUCGUCCAACUCUCAGAGUGCCCGUCCCCUACAGGAGGGACAGCUUCUCAGUUGCUGCUGGACGCAGGGGUGCCGUACGUCGUCGCAGCCGCGCCGCACAUUCGCCAGGUCACGUCGUCGCAGUUGCUUCGCUUUUCCACCCACUUUUACGGCGCCCUCAUGGGUGGCAAGUCGAUCGACGCGAGUUUCUGCUUUGCUCAAAAUAGCCCGAAACUGCCAGCUGACUUGUUUUGUCUGUAUGGCCAAUCCAAUGGCCACCACGGCUCUGAAGUGCUCUUUCCGAUAACUGACGCCCCUGAAACUAUAUUUGAAUCGUUGCCCACACACCGUAUGACUGUCAAUGUGUGCAAGGGAUUCAUAGGUCGAUUGCGCAAAGCCCAUGAUAUUUGCUUUUGGCUGUUGGACCCAACCCAUGACAUCCGCUUCGUCAACAUCCAUGGCCCGUCUGGCAUCGGCAAGACGCAGUUGGCACUAGCGGCGACCCAAUACGCGACCGACCGCGGCGCGUUCGAUGGCGGCAUCCGCUUGCUGCAUGUCAAGGACAUGGUCCAGCGCAAAGGUGCUGAACAUGCAGUCGUGUGGCUGCAGCGGAUAUUUAUCAACAUCAAAACCAACAGUGGACGGGCCAAGUCGUGGUUGGUGGUGCUGGACGGCGCCGAAGUGUUUUUCCGUACGGCGUACCAUGCUGUAGUCCUGUUGGAUUUUGUGCCGGCCAUAUUGAAGGACAUGCCAAAUAUGACGGUGGUUGCGACGACGUUGGAAACGGUGGAAUUGCCGCCGCCCCUCAAGCAGUUCCAUGUCGGCCUCGACUCAAACCCAGGCGGACCAUUGCGCUUCCGCGCGCUGUCGACGGACGCGGUCUGGGAGCAACAGACGCGGCUGCCUCAAAACGACUUGGACGUCGAAUCCCCACGUCCGACGCAUGCCGUUGCCGCCGCUGCCCCCGCCAACAACUGUAGCCUCAUGUAGUGGUUGGUUUCUAGGAUAUUAAAGUUGACCGUUCGUUAUCAAAUCGAUUCAUU